CUCCAUUUCAUCUACAUACAUAUAUACAUAAAUAGCUAUGAAGUGUGUGUUUAUGUGUGUGGUAUUGGUGAUUGUAGUGAUAAUGGGAGGAAGCACCUGGGCACAGGACACGUGCUCGUCAUCGCUGUCGAGUCUGAACGUGUGUACACCGUUCGUGGUGCCUGGCUCGACCGGGAACCCUAGCUCCGACUGUUGUGGCGCUCUUCAGAGCGUCAGUCGCGACUGCUUGUGCAGCACCCUCCGCAUUGCCUCUCGUAUCCCCGCCCAAUGCAACCUCCCUCCCUUCUCUUGCUCAAACUGAGCUUGGAACUUCAAUCAAACUUUGGACUCCUUUGCAAUAAAACUUGGAACUUACAUGUAACCAACAAAGAUGGUUUUUAUUUUGAGGAAUAAAACUACUUUUAUUA